AUGGGCCUUAUACUAAAUCCCGAGCCUGGCUGUUCGGACCAGGGCCGAUUAUUUGGGUUGGCUCAACUUAGUCUAAUUUUAAAAGGAUGCAACUCGGUCCCAGCUAUGGACAUAUUACCAUUUCAAAGGAAUUCCCAGACCGGGUUUUAUAUCAGCACCCGGCAACCCGGCCCAUUCCGUACACAUUACAUACAUUACUGUACCUGGAAACAUAGAAACAAAAGCAAAUUUGAGAAUUCAUUCCUGUCUAAAGUCAUCCAAAAAAAAGAGAUGGUGGUAACAUGUCUCCACCCUAAUCUAAACCCUUGCUUUAAACCCUUAAUUUCAUUCCCUUCUCAAAACCCUAACUCUUUCCCUUUUAAAUCUCUCAUUGCUUCCCCUAAAACCUUAAGUUUCGUUAAACCCAUAAUCUCUUUACAAGUCAAAGCAAAUUCUCCUGCUCUUUCAGAUGAACUGCCACUGGAUGCUUCCCCUUCUCAAUCUUCUUCUGGUAAAGAGAAGCUUGGAGUGGUGGUGAAGCCAUUAGAGAAGCCAAGGGUAGUAUUGAAGUUCAUAUGGAUGGAAAAAGAUAUAGGGAUGGCUCUUGAUCAAGUGAUACCAGGCCAUGGUUCAAUCCCUUUGAGUCCAUAUUACUUUUGGCCAAGAAAAGAUGCUUGGGAAGAGCUCAAGGUUUUGCUUGAAAGCAAGCCAUGGAUAUCUCACAUGCAAAGGAUUCACCUUCUCAACCAAGCUACUGAUAUCAUCAAUUUAUGGCAGACAAGUGGUGGUAAUUUAACCUAAAGUGUUUCAACUUACAAAGUUUUGUUGCAAUCUCUCCAUGUUUCUAAUAGAAAUUGCAUGUUCCUGUGGUAGCUUUUUUGUGUGAAUUAGUGUUUGAUUAAAGACUCCUUUGAAUGAAAUGUUAUCGCUACUUAUGCAACA